AUGGAUUUAAGAAACAAAAACACUAGAAAUAUACUUCUUCAACUUCUAGAUAAAUAGCUUAAUAAUAUUCUAUCAGAUAAUCAUCAAAUAACAAAAUUUUAAGAUUAACUUAUUCGAUUUUAAGGUGGAGAAUAAUAAAAAUAUGUAAAACAAAGAUAAUAUUCACCAUCUCCUUAAUUCAUGCGAACUCAUAGUUAAUCUGAACAUAUUACUUUUUAUGAAAGAUAAUAAUCUCAACUUAAAUUGAAAAACUAAAGAUUAUAAUAAUCAAAAGAAAAGUUAAUCUUAAAAAAACUAGAAGAACAAACCUAACAAAAUACAUUUCAUCCUAAAAUAUUAAAACCAAAAAAUGUGAAUUCUUAAGUUAAAAAUGAUAUAUAUAAAUCAGGUAUUAAAUGGAUGCAAUAAAAAGUAUUUAAUAUUAUCUAAGUAGAUAAGGCUGAUCAUAUAGAUAAAUUAAAAGAGUCAUCCACUAUUUAAAUGAAUCAAGAAAAUUCAUUUAAACCUACAAUAAAUAAGAUUUCCCAGAAAAUUAUCAAAUAAAACAAUUAAAGCGACUUUUUUUAAAGAAUGAAUACAAAUGAGACUAAAAAACAACAGAAAAUUAAAUAACUUAAAAAUGAUGCAAUUCCCUCUUUUAAACCUUAAAUUAAUAGUAAUUAUAUAUAUAAUAUUAUUAGAUCGUCUUAAGAAAGUGUAAAACAAUUAAAAUAAAGAUAUUCUAUAAGUUUCUGUUAAUUUAGAACUAUUAGAAAAAGUAAGAGAUUAUUAUUAGAGAGAUAACAGUUAAUCCAAUUUAAAUAUAAGUUAAAUUGAUUAUAGAAAUAGAGAUUGUAAUUCUGCUCUUUCUUAAACUAUAGAGAUUGAUAAAUAAAAUUCUUAAUCUCCUAGUUUUAGAAAUUCUACUAUUAAAAAAUAAUCUCGACUUUAAACUGAUUUCAAUUCACCUAAUAAUAAUUUUACAGAAAUGUUAUAUGAAGCAUUAGGUGAUUCAUAAUUUGAUUACUUUUGA